AUGAGCGUUCUGACAAGCCGCCAAGCCGAAGAACUGCACAAGUCCAUGAUUCCUUACCUAGCUGCCAACAAUCUGCCAAGCACGACCGCUGCUCCCAGGACAGAGCUGAACCUGGAAGUAAAUGGGUUCGACGCUGCUACAGAAAAGAAAUACGAGAACCUGCUGGAGAGGAAAUGGACAAGUACUCUCGAAUCCUGGAAUGCCGCACUGCAAUUCGAGCUGGACAACUUGACCCCUGCCUCACUGACCGAGCGCAACACAGACCCGACGUCUUGGUUGCCGAACCUACCCCUUCAGUACACUCUUGAGUCGCACCGAAACACCAUGAACUGCAUCGCUUUUCACCCAGUCUUCUCCUUGCUUGCCACUGACUCUGAUGACUAUACGAUCAAAAUAUAG